AUGGCCGAAGACUCCGCUCUCGCCCCGAAGUUCGCGCCAUUCAUCGGAAUGGCCGGCAUCGCGGCUGCCAUGAUCUUCGGAUGCAUCGGCGCCGCAUACGGUACCGCGAAGUCAGGUAUCGGUAUUGCUGGUUGUCUGAUCCCCGUUGUCAUGUCCGGUAUCAUUGCCGUCUACUCCCUAGUCAUCUCCGUCCUCAUCGCCCAGGACCUGUCGCCCCCUGGAACUGGAAGCGAAUACAGCUUGUUCAAUGGUUUCAUGCAUCUGGCCUGCGGUGUCUCUGUCGGCUUCACCGGUCUCGCAGCUGGCUACACGAUUGGUAUUGUCGGCGACAAGGGCGUCCGCUCGUACAUGGAGCAGUCUCGUGUAUUCGUCGGCAUGGUUCUGAUUCUCAUUUUCGGCGAAGUUUUGGGUCUCUACGGUCUCAUUGUCGCUCUGAUCCUGAACACCAAGUCCAAGGGCUAA